CACAACGUCGCCUCCCAGAACAACGGCGACGGGACACACAAAGCCAAACGUGGAAGGGCAAAGGCGUGCAAUUGCACUAGUAGAUUGCACCCUGUUCUGUUGUUUGUACGACCACCAUCUUCCACCUGUGAAUCCGCAAAGUCGCAAUAUAUUGCGCGCUAUAGUUGAAUCCGGACCGAGCGCAAAGUAGUACCAUCGUGAACCACGUUUUGAAAAGCGACAGUGCGAGUGAAAGUGUGUCGUCGCGAAAGUCGUGUCAAUUGAUUCCGUAGAAGAUAGUUUAUCUCAGUGAUCUGAGUCCGUUCAGUUCAGUUUUCACGCGUAAUAAAAUAGUGGAUCGAGCAGCAUAAGCAGCAUGGCACCACUUCGAUGGGCGAUUGUCAGUGCCGGAACGAUAUCGCAUGAUUUUGCGUGCGCCGUAUCGACGUUACCGGAAGCGGACCAUCAGAUAGUGGCCGUCGGUGCUCGUGGGUUGGAGAAUGCCCGCAAGUUUGCCGAACUGCACGGUAUUCCACGCUUCUACGAGGGUUACGAGCCGAUCGCCAAGGAUGCGGAAGUUGACGCGGUGUACAUCGGCACGGUGAACAGUGCCCACUACGAGGUCAGCCGUAUGAUGCUGGCCGCCGGUAAGCACGUCCUUUGUGAGAAACCUUUGUGCGUAAAUCGGGGCCAGGCGCGAGCCCUGCUCGACUACGCCCGGGCACAGCAGCGCUUCUGCAUGGAGGCAAUCUGGUCACGGUUUUUCCCAAGCUACGCUCAUCUGCGCGAGCGUACGGUUCGCGGUGAUCUCGGUCGGAUUGAGUCAGUCGAGGUACAGUUCGGUUUUCCGCUGACGCACGUGGAACGCGUCCGAAUGAAGAGCCUUGGCGGUGGAACCGUACUCGAUCUCGGCGUUUACACCAUUCAGGUGGCGAUGUGGGCUUUCCAGGCCGAACCGAUCCGUGUCGAUGCGGCCGGCCAGCUGAACGAUGAGGGUGUGGAUGUGGGCAUUACUGCCACGCUACACUUUGCCAAUGGCGGCAAAGCCCAGAUCAAGACGAGCGCGAUUGAUAAGCUACCAAACACGGCCAUCAUCCGCGGUACGAAAGGAUCGAUCACGCUUCACGACUUCUGGUGUCCGAUCGAGCUGACCGAUAUCGAUGGUACGAUUCGAUCGUAUCCACUGCCACCCUCGAAGGUCGAAUGUAUCCUGCUCAACAGCAUCGGUUUGCGGUAUGAGGCGGAGGAAACACGCAAACGUAUCCUGGCCGGCGAUCUGGAAUCGCCCACGGUUUCGCAUCAGGACAGUCUGGCGAUUGCGCGCGUUCAGGAUGCCAUCCGGAAGCAGAUCGGAGCCGAGCUACCAGAAGAUUACAUCUUCAAGGAAUAGUUUGUUUGCGAAUGAUCUUCGAUCGACAUUUUCUAGCUCUUAAUUCCGGUGUAUAAUGUAUGACGAUGACGAUGACCAAAUAAAGUUAAAAAUUAAAUUAACAUCGUA